AUGAAAGCAAUCGCGCGCAUCUGUUCGCGCCAGAGUGUGCAGCAUGGCGUGCGAGUAGCAGCAGGAUCUGGCACCACGAAGCGCCAUGUGCAGCACGUAUCGCCACUGACGAACACGGCUGCUGCUUUUUCUGGAUCGAAUGCGGUUCCUAGGAGCCGCGUAAAGCGAGUUUAUGUGGCAACGACGUUGGCGGUGGGAGGCGCUUUUGUGGCUAUGGCACUGGGUACAGAAGCCCAGAGCGAGCGUGAAGAGCCGGCCGGUGGAGAUGCAGAUGGGUACACUGUGAAUCCGAUCCAGCACGUGGCGGCACUGCUGCGUCUGUACGAGCAGAUUGACCAGAACAUGAGUGUCUUUGCUGCACGGAUGUUGGAGGAUCUGGAGAAGAGCGUCGAGAAGGAGAAAAAGGCCAAUGGUGGCACGUUAAAGCUUUCACCAGACCAACGUGCUCUGCAGAUGAGUGUCGAGUUCGAGUCGACGCUGGAGAAGGUGCAAGACGCGGUCUUUCGUAACAAUUACGUGACAAAGAAGCAGGUGCAGGAGGCCAUGCAGCAGCUCGUGGCCGGCACGCUGAGAGGUGGCGGUCCCGAUGGAAAAAUCUCCGUGGCUGAAGCAGAGACGAUUGGCGACUUUGUGCGGAAGCUCGGACGUCUGCGAUGGAAAGUCACGGGCUCGCGCGAGCCACUGAUUCGUGGAGCCAAGUCGGCGCGGGCGGUACCAGGAGAUAAACCGAGUAUUGAGGUGGCGACGGUCAUUCGUGUAAUGGAGGAGCUGAUCCCGUCACUGACGAGCGAGAUGGAAACGAUCGUGACAGAGUUGCGCACGGAGAAGCUCACCGGCGCAGACUUUCACCACCAACUUUCCCAGCGAUACAUCAAGGCGUCUGGAACAAUGACCGUGGAGAUCUGUAAGAAGUUUGAGCUGGACUUGGAAGCCUUUCAAGCUGCACUGAUGUACUACCAAGACAAUGCUUUGUUUGCAAAAGCGCUGGCGAAGCUCGCAGAGCAGCAGCAAAAGAGGUUCAAGGAGCUCGGUUUGUGA